AUGCCUGACUACAGCCGCGUCCCCUCCACGUUGAUGCAGUUCUUAAUGCAUAACCAACCAAAGGGCAGCCGUGGGGCGUUCACAUUACUCAUGAUGGCGAUUCAAACGUCCGUAAAAGUGAUUGAGAUGAACAUCCGCAGCGCAGGUGCGCAAGGUCUCUUUGGUCAUCUUAAUGAUGGACGGGCCAACGCCACGGGUGACGAGCAGGCGAAGUUAGACGUGGUUGCAAAUAACGCCUUCAAGGCUUACCUGAUGUCCUCUGCCAGCGUGUCUUUCAUGGGGAGUGAGGAGGACGAGUCAAUUGUGGUAGUCAGUUCCGGACAGCAGGGCGACUACGUUGUAUUCUUUGACCCUCUGGACGGCAGCAGUAAUAUCGACGCAAACAUAUCUAUUGGCUCAGUGUGGGGCAUCUGGUGCCUACCGAAGGGAACGAAAGUGCGAACUACAAAAGACGCUCUUAAGGUGCUCCCGCGCCUCUCAGGAAGAUACCUCGUUUCCUCAGGUUAUGCCAUGUACGGUACCGCUACCAACCUUGUUAUUACCACUGGCAGUGGUGUAAACGGCUUUACGCUUGACACGACUGUUGGUGAGUUCAUCCACACCCAUCCAAACAUCACACUUCCACAAUCACGACCCAUUUACAGUGUGAACGAAGGUAACCUCCGUCACUGGGACGCGUGGUUCAAGCAAUAUUUGCAUCAUAUCAAAAACGAAGGAGAAAAGGCGUACACCGCUCGCUAUAUUGGUUCUAUGGUUGCGGACAUCCACCGGACCCUGUUAUAUGGCGGGAUCUUCUGCUACCCGGGGGAUAAGAAGAAACCAGGAGGGAAGUUACGGCUCAUGUAUGAGGCUGCACCCAUGGCGUUCCUUAUUGAACAAGCAGGUGGCUUGGCGUUGACGGGCGACGGGCGGUUGCUUGAUGUCGUUCCGAAGGAAAUUCACCAGCGUGCUCCCGUUUUUAUGGGUAGCAGGCGUGAAGUGGAGCUGUGUAUGUCUUUCAAACAAAAGUACAAUGAUCGUGGUGGAGUCCAAAGGGAGAGGAGCAAGCUUUAA